AUGUCGAAUGACUGCAAACUGAUCAAAGAUCUUCGUGACAAGAUCUCAAAAUUGGUCGCCGUGGUAAAGGAGCAUCGUGCGGAGGCCAAACAAGUCAACGAGCCACCGAAGCCGGAAGAGAUUGAAAUGGAGGUUUUCUACAGACGUCCGUUAGUGACCAUCAAAGAGCCAGCUUACGAGGAGAGAUGGAGUGUUAUUCGUCGUCGUCCAGGAACACCAACCGCACCGAUCGACAUCAUUUAUCCAGUCCGCGAGCAAGACUGGUAA